AAAGCUGAGUCAGAGGCGGAUGCUUCCCCUCGGCUCCCAGUGCCUCCCGUGGGAGCCCUUCCUCGCCGGCAUCCGUUAGUCCCUCCCCGCUGCCGUGCACUCUUGUCUCACUGCUCUGACCGACCUGCAGGGAAGCGGAGAGACCCGGAGAGAGGGAAGAGACCAACCAGAGACAGACCUGGGCCAAGAAAGAGGCAGAGGCUGCAGCCUGCCUCCCUCUCUCUCCCCAGCCUGCCUUAACCGCCCUCCUUAGCCAAAGCCCCUUCGAGUUCCCCUGGGGCUCAGCCCCUCCCCUUCUCUGGGGCCCCAGGCUCCCCUCGGGGCCUGUGUCCCACCAUGUCGGUGGCUGUGGAGAUCUUCGGCUUCUUCAUCGCAGCCCUGGGCCUGCUGAUGCUAGGGCUGACCCUGACACACAGCAACUGGCGAGUGUCCAGCAUGGACGGGAACAUCAUCACCACCAGCGCCAUCUUCGAGAACCUCUGGUAUAGCUGUGCCACCGACUCCCUUGGAGUCUACAACUGCUGGGAGUUCCCGUCCAUGCUGUCCCUCUCUGGAGAGUCCUUCAGUCGGCCCCUCCCCAGGCCGAGAGGGGAUGACAAGAAACCCUAUGCGGCGCAGCUCCCACGCCCUCACUGGGCCCUCCCAUGCCCUCCUUACACCGCACCAUGGUGUAAGGAGGGGCCCCAACUUGGACUGCUGCUUGAAACCUCUCGGGACAUCCAGGCCUGCCGGGCGCUCAUGAUCACCGCCAUCCUCCUGGGCUCCCUGGGCCUCUUCCUAGGCAUGGUGGGGCUGCGCUGCACGAACAUCGGGGGCCUGGAGCCCUCCAGGAAAACCAAGCUGGCGGCCACCGCAGGGGCCCUACACCUACUGGCUGGGCCUAGUGCGGUUCUCCUCUCCCUCCCCCAGGUGUCUGUGGGAUCGUGGCCAUCUCCUGGUACGCCUUCAGCAUCACCCGGGACUUCUUCGACCCCUUGUACACCGGAACCAAGUAUGAGCUGGGCCCCGCCCUCUACCUGGGCUGGAGCGCCUCCCUGCUCGCCAUCCUGGGUGGCACGUGCCUCUUCUCCAACUGCUGCCGCUCUCGGGACGAGGACCACGGCGCCAGCAUCCGGCUUCCCUACAAGGCCCCGGCAAUGCCCGCCAAAAGCCUCGCUGCCCGCCUGCCCACCUCGGCCUCGGAUGAAGAAGGCGACAGCAGCUUUGGCAAGUACGGGAAAAACGCUUACGUGUAGGUGGCCUGGCCUGUGGACCCCAUUCCCUUCCCACUGCCCCCAGCGGAGAGGGGUCCCCGUAAAUCCGGGGCUGCUGGCGCAGGCCCCUGCUCGCGGUAACAAGCUCAGAGCCAAGCCACGCUUCAGGCUCCGCCCCGUGCCCGGAAGCCGCGCCCAGUUCUGACCUCAGGCCCCGCCUUCCCCGUCGGAGCUCCGCCCUGGUCACGCCUCUUUCGUCUGGCCACCUGGAUCCUCUCAGGCCAAGAACCCGCCUCCUGAGAGCUCACCUCUGGCCCCUGAGGCUGGACCCCUCCUAACCUUCUGAGUCGGGGUUCUGGGCCGUUAAGGGGCGGAGGCGUCCCCGAGUGUUUGUGGUCUGUAUAAAUACUUGCAUAAAUAAGUUUGUAUUGCGAACUGUU